AUGUCGGAAAUGAACAUGGACGACUGCACCUUGGCAACUUGCCCAAUUGACUUGGCCUAUAUCAACUACCAGCCUAACGUCCCGGCAAAUGUCCUCUUCCUCGUCAUCUUCAGCCUUCUCCUCGCCGCACAAAUCGCCCUAGGAACAUGGUUCCGAAUAUGGACAUACAUGGGAGCCAUGACCGCGGGGCUCAUUCUUGAAAUACCGGGAUACAUCGGGCGAGUCAUGAUGCACAGCAACCCAUUCGACUUUAAUGCAUUCCUUCUAUACCUCAUUUGUCUCACGAUUGCGCCGGCCUUCUUCACCGCCGCCAUUUACAUCUGCCUGGGAAGAAUUGUCAUCGUCUACGGGGAGGAUAUCUCCAGGAUUCGCCCGCGUACAUAUACUAUCCUCUUCGUCACUUGCGAUAUCAUCGCUCUCGUCCUACAAGCAGCCGGCGGCGCCAUUACCUCCAUCGCCGACUCAGACCAAAAAAGCCUCAGCGAUACCGGUGUCAAUAUCAUGAUUGCAGGAUUGGCUUUCCAGGUCGCCUCGUUGACGCUGUUCAUCGUGCUCGCUUCGGAAUUCGCCCUACGAGUGCGCCGCAGCUCAGAAGACAUGAAGAAUGCGUCUACAGCAUCUGUUCGCAGCGGUUUGAAAUGGAAGAUGUUCCUUCUGGGCAAGUGUCUUGCCAUUGCCGUUUUAACGAUCUUCACUCGCUCGAUCUUCCGUGUUGCGGAGCUGAAAGGUGGAUUUAGCAGUGAUCUGGCUAAUGAUGAAAUUUCCCUGAUGAUUCUUGAGAGCACUAUGAUUGCCAUUGCGUGCAUUUGUAUGACCGCCGCUCACCCAGCAGUUGCCAUGGGCCGGCGAUGGGGGAACUCUCGGCGAAGCCGCGUCGUGGAGUCGUUUCGUCUAAGGUGUCGCAGGCUUCAUCAGAAACUGAGAUGGUGA